GGCGGGGCCAGCCGAGGCUCAAGAAGGCAGGAGGCGAUAGAGAGAGAGAGAAGGAAGGCUGGCUUGAGAGGCAGCAGCAUGUCUGGGGAAUCCGCCCGCAGCCUAGGCAAAGGAAGCUCUGCUCCAGGGCCUGUGCCUGAAGGAGUCAUCCGUCUCUACAGUAUGAAGUACUGUCCCUUUGCACAGAGAACACGGCUAGUCCUGAAAGCCAAAGGAAUCAAGCAUGAAAUUGUUAAUAUAAACUUGAAAAACAAGCCAGAUUGGUUUUUUAAGAAAAGUCCAUUUGGGCUGGUACCUGUAUUGGAGACCAGCAAGGGUCAGCUGAUUUAUGAGUCUCCAAUCACUUGCGAGUAUUUAGAUGAAGCAUAUCCAGAGAAGAAGCUGUACCCUACAGAUCCAUAUGAGAAAGCCUACCAGAAGAUGCUCUUGGAACAGUUCUCCAAGCUGCCUGCUCUGGCCUUCAAAUGUCUUUUGGGUAUCAGGAGUGGUGAGGAUGUGUCUGCUGUGAAAACUGAGUUCUGUGAAAACCUGCUCAAAUUUGAAGAGAUUCUGGUAAACCACAAGACUAAAUUCUUUGGUGGGAACUCAGUGACCAUGAUUGACUAUCUGAUCUGGCCAUGGUUUGAGCGCAUGGAGUCCUUCCAGUUAUUUGAUUGUCUGGAUCACACUCCGACACUAAAACAAUGGGUUGAAGUCAUGAAGCUGGAUCCAGCUGUUCAGGCUACAAUGACGGACUCUCAGACAUUCAAAGGCUACCUUGAGCUGUACCUGAAAAACAGCCAUGAGGCCUGUGACUAUGGGCUUUGAGAGCUAGCUGCUGGCAAAGCAAUAGCUGUUGUUGCAAAAUCUCUAUCUGGUGUCUAAGGAGUUUGCUCAUUUGUUGUAUGAGCCUGUGUCUUGCUACACAUUGCUGAAAUGUUACACCACUUACACAUGGUUUUUCCUUCUCUAAAUAAAGAAGCAGAAAAUGGGCAGGAUGGUUUGCAAAUUCUUCUUUCCUUCAUUCAAAGUUGUCACUACCAGUUUAAAAUGAUGUUGUCUCUGCCAGUUUAAGGUGGACACCUGCGUUGGCUCUGUUGCAAUUUUGAAACUAACUGUUGCCUCGUAAGAAUAAACAUACUUUAAAUACA